UUUCUCAAAUUGCAAAUCAGGGUGACGACGACGAAGGCAAGAACAACAAUCUUCAUCCCACGGGUUUGUGCUUGCUUGUGGAAGUGAGAAUUCCGGUGACUGUCAUUGCAUUGCAUUGCAUCGUUGCUCCAAGAUCUGCUUGAUUGAACAAAGAAUAUGGCCCGAAGCAAGAACCAAGCUCGUCAGGGCAAAAAGAAGAACGAUCACACUCCCAAAGUGGCCGUGGCGCCUCCUCGGACAGCAUCGAAACGAGAAAAGAAAUCGAAUCAGACCAAGAAAGCAUUGAUUCAACAAGAAAAGGCAGCGCGAAAGAAACGGGAUCAAGCCAAUCGUCGUGAAGUGGCCAGUUUGUUUGGACCUCUGAAAACCAAUCGAAAGGCGAAUGGAAAACAGAACAAGCAGAACAAUGAGUCUCCGCAUCGCAAACAACAACAACACAAAAAGAACAAGACAUCUCCGGGUCGUUUCAACCAGAACAACAACCAGAACAACAAUAUUUCCAUAUUGUUUGAUGGAUCUCCCAUUCACGCCCGUCAAAGAGCAGGGAAACGUCCCAACAAUACGAGUCGACCGCGACCAUCUUCUCAAUUUCAACUCAAGCAAAUUUACAACUCCAAAGGCUGCGAGAUUCCGUGGUGGACCAACGACGAUCGGACGCAAUGGCUCAAAAAGUCUCGAAAGGAGCUCAAACAACAACAACAACAACAACAAUCACCACAAUCCAAACGCCACUACUUGUUUGGCAAUCAACCACCCCACGAAUCAUGGCUUUCGCAACUGGACACCGAGUUGGUAUCCUUUGCCAACUACGUGCAACUCUCUCCGUCAGAACAAGCCGCGCGUCACUUUAUUGUCAACAGUAUUGAAACUGUCUCUCGCACCAAUCUCGACUGUGCCAAGGAGAAGAAAUCCGAUGAAAUCAGAGUCCACGUCUUUGGUUCCUUUGCCACACUCCCCGUCUGUGCCUAUUGCAGUGAUGUCGAUCUCGCCAUUUACGGACUCGUUCCACCGGAACAACAACCACCACACGACAACAACAGCAGUUCUGCGCAAGCCAAGCAUACGCGGUUUUCAGAGACCGACAACCACCAAAUGGCUGCCCGAGUCCAAAAGUGGAAGGACCUCCUGGAACAGCAACAACAACAACACUGCGACGACAAGCCAGAAAAAAAGGACGACGCCUGGCAAUCGGCAUUGGAUCAAUUGCUCGAUGGAGCCAAUGAAGGACCCGACACUCCCAGCAAGAAGAAACGGUCUGCCGAUCGGGUCGUUGAUCUCACGCGCUGUUCGUCACCAGAAGAUACCAAACCAGCCGCCAAAAAGGAACCCGAAAUUAUCAAUGUCGAUGCACUUCCAGGCAACCAGGAAACGACCAAAAAGAGCCCCGUCCGAAUGGUUUCGGUGGAUGAAAUUAUGCCAGAGAAACAACCCGCCGUCCAAAAUGAAGAAACUGCCAAAUCACCUGCCAAAGAAGAAGAACCUUCGCAGGAGGCUCUCGCGGGGGACUUUUUCGUUCUGGAUCGAGUUGGUAUUGAUGAAGAGGAGGAAGAAAAGAAAUGGAAGGCCAAGGAAAACAACCAGAAUGCAGAAAUCGAAGUUGCCAACAACAAGGCAGACGACGAUGUAGUUGGCAGCAAAGUCCACAAAACAGACGAGAAACAAGGGAAUCUGAAGGAAGCACCGACUGAGGAAACAGACGCUACAACAACAAAUCGAAAGCGAACAUUUUCAGAAGCAACCAACGAAACCAACAACAAUUCUGGCAGUGACAGUGAAGACGAUACUGCCGACAAAUUGGCAUCGCUCGAGACACGAAAGCAUACUAGUAGUAGUCCAGCAGCUGCCAAACGCCCAGCGGAGGAAUAUCGAACCGAGCAGGCUGUCAUUAGCCUAUCGUCGGAUGAUGAAGACGACGACGAUGAAGAAGAUGAUGACUUGGAUGACAUGCAAGUUUCCUUUGUCGCUCACCCUACUAAUAAUGGCAAAAACACGACGAUUGGGCCUUCCGGAGCUGUUCGAGCCGAAGUGGUCAAUGUGCUGAACAGCCUCGGGAAUAUAUUGCGACGUCGACAAUUCACAAAGUCUGUGACGGUCAUUCGCAAAGCACGAGUGCCCAUUGUCAAGUUCCAAACCAAAUUAGGGUUCGAAGGAGAUGUCGCCAUGGGAGGACACAAUGGAACCGAUACCAGUCAAUUUGCCAUGUCGCAAGUGCAGCGGUUCAAAAGUUUUGCAACGGUGGUCAUGGCAUUGAAGAUCAUGCUGUGGCAGCAGGGUCUCGACAUACCAUUCCACGGAGGAUUGGGAAGCUACAAACUCUAUGUCUUGGUGGCGCAUCACUUAGAGAAUCACUUGGAGCUAGGAGGAGCCGAUCGACCAGGCGAAGUCUUCUUGAGCUUUCUGCAUCGAUAUGGACAAGUCAAACGGGGCAUUGGAGUAUUGGACAAUUGCCACCGUCGAGCCCGCACCUUUUUGACUCAAAACGCUGUACUAGAAUGCUGUGAGGGUGGCUACGCAGCUGACAUGUCGGCCACAUAUCUGCUCCGACAUUGCAUCGACCUCUUUCGGCGGUGUUUCAUGCAAGUGGGACAAGAAAACGUCUACACCAAAGCGCCAAAGAAGGGCAGCAGCAUUUUGAAAUCACUCUACGAUAUCGACACUCUCACGGCGGAACGGUCCGACAGCAUGGAAAAGGCAGCAAUGUUGGACGUCUUUCAAAGGGGGCAAAAGAAGGAUGGACAGCAGAAUCGUCAUCCGCAACAACAAAAUCAGCGCCAGAAUAGCAAUGGUGGAGGCGGUUCAAGAUCCGAGCCGAAAUCGAAACGAAGUAAGGCAUAA